CAACACUGUAGGGGAUACUAACACUAACAUAUACUGGAGAGGAUGGAACAACUGGACAUCAAAAACUGCAGGGGAUACUAUCACUCAAACAGAUACUGGAGAGGGUAGCACACAGGAUCAAACUGGACAUCCAGCAAUGCAGGGGAUACAAAUAAGCAGACAUAGGAUCAAACUGGACAUCCAACACUGCAGGGGAUAUUAACACUCAAACAGAUACUGGAGAGGGUAGCAGACAUAUGAUAGGAACAAACUGGACAUUCAACAACACUGAUGGGGAUACUAGACAUUUUUAUGGUAAUAAUAUCCCAAAUUCCUUCCAGAUUUCCUAAACUAUUUGCUGUUAAGCAGGACAAGAAAAAACUCAGGUCUGAUGGCCCGGGCCAGUAGAUUUGGUCUGUGAGCAAGUAAAUAUUGUAGACUAUUUGCCCGAUUGGCAAGUGUAAAAUCAGUAAUUGAAGAUAUUACUGAUUCAGUUUAAUUGGACCACUAUGUUUCACCUUUUGGCAAGUACUUUCGAACCUAAAGAAACCUGCCCGAAGGACCAGUGAUGCUGAAAAUUUUCUUCUUGCCCUGUUAAGGAGAUGGGGACCGGAAGCAGUAUAGAUACACAACGAAGGAAUACUGCAGUCAUGGCAUCCGUCUCUGUAUGCAACAGGACCAUCCAUGGAAAGUCUGAGCGGACAAAGCUAAAUCUCGUGAAUCUGAAAGGGAAAGUCUCAAUUUUGAAAGACGAAAUUUCUAGGGUGAUCAACUUACCUUCACCGGACUUUGACCUGGUAUAUUGUGGACAGAGGCUUGACGAUGACAAACAAAUUGAACAGUAUGGACUUAAAAAUGGCUCAACAGUGUUUGCACUAAAGAGGCACCAACAGUAUCCUGUGAAUGAUGCAGAACACAUGACUCCAGUUGCUGUUAAGAAUUUGGUAGCAACAUUGAGAUCAGCUUUACUAAAUCCUGCCUACAGAACAACGGUUGAAAGAAUAUUAAAUGAACCUGAUGCCAUGGAGAACAUUAUUGCUGCCACCCCUGGCUUAGACAAGGACCCUGUUGCUUUAGCAAUGUUGCAAGACCAGGAACUCUUAGCUAUACUAGCCCACCCCGGUAACAUACAAAAAAUUGUAGAGAAGCACCCAUCCUUUGGUCAGGCAGCCACACUCAUAGCAGCAGAGGUCAGCAAAGAAGGAAGCAGGGAGGACUCGGACCACACAGCAACUGGAACCUAUUCCCUCGAUCAGAUGUCAGAUGAUGAGGACAUGCCAAACAAUCGACCAGAACCAACUAUGAUUGGGGGACAAGCCAUCACAGCUUCACAGCUGUCUGCUGCUCUAGCCGCUGCCACAGGAAGUCCACAGCAACCACCUCCAGAUCAGGGUAACCAACCACCAGCCUACAAUGCAGAACAAAGACCUGGAGGUUCAUCAGGGUCAAGCAUCACACAGGAUUUUUUCCAGCAGGCAAUUCAACAGGCAACAGCAACCCAGGGUCAGAUACAGCAGCUGAGAGACAUGGGAAUCACGGAUGAGGCCCUAGCAAGGCGUGCUCUUCAAGCAACAGGAGGCGACAUCCAUGCUGCAUUAGACCUUAUCUUUGGUGAUGGACAUUUCUGAAAACCUUGUCACAGUUAAGCUUUUAAGGAUACUUGGUACAACAUAAACUGCAAAGGAAUUAAUCAACACAUCUACCAAAAGAAACCAUCCCAGAAGGUUCUUUGCAUACAUGUUGACAAAUAGCUUGGCUACUUUAUUUGGUCAUUUACAAUAUGUGUGAACCAUGCUGUAUGAAAUAAGUUCAGUGGUAAAGAUAACAAUAAAUUUCUAAUUUAUAGAAUUAUUAGAAUGAGUUUUUGUAAAAGCUUGUUUAUUUAAAACAAUUGUAUUGAAGCAACAGUUGAUGCAUUUAAGUGUAUGUGAUAUCAAAUAAUUCUUGUGAAAUUUGACAAAAUUCCAUGAAAAUGUUUGUGCAAUAAAAAGCUAUAAUAGUUAA